AUAGAAACUACAAUCUUCUAUAUUACUUAUGUACUAUCUUAACAAGAUAUGUUGGGCUAUAUUGUUUUCUUUUGUUUAAAUUUAUUGAAAAAUUUCUUAAUAACUUUUCGAUUGUCAUUUAAAAAAUAUUGAACAGCUGUUUACUAAAGUACUAUCGACGAUGACUAUACAAUAGGAAUAAGAGAAGAAGAUUAUUGAAAUUCUAACAAUUUCAAACCUUAUUGAUAUGACAGAAUAUUGAAGAAUAAUAGAAAUAUACAAUCGAUAAUAACUUUCCAUACUAUAUACUUAAAGUUUCUGUUUGAAAGACAGAGAAUGAUUUUUCGACAAGUGAUCAAGAUGACAUGAUUGUAUUAUUUUAUCUGUCAUUAAGAUAUUAGUGUAAUAACAGAGUUAAAUAAAUAAACAGAAUUAUAAAAAUGGAUGUUGUGACAACCAGUCUCGAGGCUUUGAUACAAAGAGCUACAAAUCCACAAAAUCAGAAAUCUGAUAUAGCAGCUAUUGAAGCAUUUUGUGUUAUGGUUAUGAAGGAAACAGAAGGUAUUCAAAUAGGUAGUAAAUUAUUAGCAACACAUAUCCAAUCAUCUAAUGAAUUUGAAGCUCUUCAAGCUCUUGCAUUAUUAGAUACUUGUAUGAGAAAAUGCGGGCCAAAUUUCCAUGCAGAAGUUGGAAAGUUUCGCUUUUUGAACGAAAUGAUACGACUUGUUUCGCCAAAAUAUUUAGGCAAUAAAACUCCUAUAGCUGUACGUCAAAAAGUAUUACAUCUUUUGUUCUUUUGGUCGAAAGAGUAUCCACGGGAAUCAAAAAUUAAAGAGGCUUAUGAAAUGCUUAGAAAGCAAGGAGUCGUAGAGGAGGAUUCAGUACCUAUUGUUAGUAAUACAGAUGAAGUCUUGAAAAUACCGAAAGCAAAAAAUACGAUAUUCGAGGAUGAGGAAAAAUCAAAGUUGUUGCAGAAACUGCUACAAAGUAAAAACCCUGGUGAUUUACAAGCUGCAAAUAGAUUAAUCAAAACUAUGGUAAAAGAGGACGAAAGAAGAGUACAAUUGAAUUCACGAAGAAUCAUGGAAUUGGAAUCAGUUCAUAAUAAUGUUAAAUUAUUAUCUGAGAUGUUAGAUUCAUACAAUCAAAAAGAAACUAGUCUUGAAGAUGUUGAAUUAAUGAAUGAACUUCAUCAAGCAUGUGAACGUUUAAAACCCACUAUGUUAAGAUUAGCUAACGAAACUCAGGACAAUGAAGAAAUGCUUGGUGACGUACUCGCAGCAAAUGAUGCAUUGGGUGAAGUAUUUGAUAAAUAUACUGCUGUGAUUAUACUCGGCCAAAAAGUUACUAAAACGAAUAUUAAUAAUGAUCCAUCAUUAUUGGAUUUGUCUUCUCCAAUUGAUGCUGCUAUUUCUGAAUGUACUUUGAAUGCAGAUACAGAUAAAACUAAUAAUACAGUCGCAACAAAUUCACAGUCGGAUAUGGAAGUUCUUGGAGACAUUUUCAAUUCUUUUGGAAACUCACUGGAUUUCUCUUUAACCACAGAUAAAAAUAAUUUAUUUCCAGAGCUAAUGAUUAUGGAUCCAAUAAAUAUUCAACAAAAUGGAAAGAAAAUUGAUACACCUUUGAAGAAAAUGGAUAGUAAAGCCAGAGCAUUAGAAGAAUUAAAUGAGUUAGGGGAAUCUCUCCUUAAACAGAGUUUGUCAUAUAAAAUGGCAAAAGAGUCAUCUUUGGAUGAAAAGAAACCAUCUUUUGCUCAAUUUACAAAAUUUCAAUCUGAACUUGAUAAUCACAAUUUAAUGGAUUUAACUUCUACGAAUAAUAAUAUGAUACAGCACAAUGUGGACAAAUCAAGUAACAAUGAAAAUGAAAAAAUGAAAAAUGAUUCUAUAUCUCCAAAUUUUCAUAAUGGUGAUAAUACAGUCAAUGUAUCACAAUCUUGUAACAAAAGUAAAAACAUUGAAGCAGAUGAAGAAAACAUAUUGACGAAAGUAAAUGACGCGCCAGCAUUAACUGUUAACUCUGAACCAGCAAUCAAGUCUCUAACUGAUAUUAAUGUAAAUCUUCAAGAUAUUAAACCAGGUACAAAUCCACCUAUAACAGUGAUAGAAGAAAAAAAUGGUAUUUCAGUAAUACUUCAUUUUGCACAAGACAGUCCAAGACCAGAUGUUUCUGUAAUAGUAGUUACAACAAUGAGUAAAAAUACCAAACCACUUAACAAUUAUUUGUUUCAAGCAGUAGUACCUAAGAAAUGUAAGUGCAGACUUCAACCUCCUUCUGAUACAGAAUUACCAGCACAUAAUCCAUUUCUUCCACCAUCAGCAAUUACACAAAUUAUGUUAAUUGCAAAUCCUCUUAAGGAAUCAGUAUCUUUAAAGUUUAUGUUGAGUUAUACAAUGGAUGAUGAAACUUUUACUGAAAUGGGUGAAGUGGAUAGACUUCCACAUCUAUAAAAUUAAUAAGAUCAAAUAGAACGUAAGAAUAUAAGUAAUAUUGUUUGAAAUAUAAAUGAAAAAUAUUUCUGAACUGAACAUAUAUAACUACAUUUCACUCCAUUAUAUCACUGGACAAAAAUGAAUCUUAUUAGUGUAAGUGAAUGGAAUAUGUUCUUUUAUUACACACAUAUAUAUUUUUUCCUAACAUUAUAAGAACACUCUUUAAAUAUGCAGACAAUUAUGUAGGUAUAAAAGUAUUUACUUGACUUAUUGCAGAAAGUAAUUACAAUUCACAAACACAAUUAUUUGCAUAUUAAUAAAACAUGAUUGGUGUAAAAUGAAAUUCGAAGUUAAACAGCGCUUUUAAAAUAUUUCAAGCUAAAUAAUGAAGUUGAGUCAAAUAAUAAAUAGUUGAAAAUGGUUUAUUAUAUAAAAAAAAAUGAUCAAAGUACAAGAUAUAAUACUUAUAGCACAUAUUUAUAAUAAAUUGUUAUAGUAAUAUUCAUGUUUAGGACAUAUGCUAUAACAUAAUGCAAAAAUAGCAAAACUAAAUACAUUUAAAUGACUUAAUCUUUAUAAAAAUUCCAUUAUAUUAAUUUUUUAUAAAUUGUCAUAAAAUAUUCUUUAUGAUAUAAUUACAUCUUUGAUGUAUUAAAUAGAAAAUAUUGUUGAAAUGGAAUUAGUUAUAAUUUUUAAAAUAUUAUCUUUAUAAAUAUAAUUCCAUUUUUAUGAUAAAAUGCAAUAGUAUUAAAUAUAUAAACAUUUGUUGCUCAGAUGAAGUAUUUUAAAGUAUUUUAAAAUUUAGGUCAUCAAAAUUUAUUUCAUUUACAUUUUUUGCAGUAUGCUUACUCAUUUAAGUUAUAAGCGUACAAUUUUAUUAAUUUAACAAAUUCCACAAAAACUAUUAGAUUUAUUUUGUUUCAUAUGGUAUAUAAAUUCAAAAUUAAUAUGUAAGAGUGCAGUUUACUAUAUAAUAUAUUCUUUAACACAAACAUUCAAACAUCUUCCUACAUUGGAAAUUUAACGAAGAUAAAUUAUUGUGAUAUAUAAUAUUUAUGAUAUUACAGUAUAGAUUAUUAAUGCCUGCAUGAAAAAUGGAAUUAAUUGAAAAUGUGAAGUCAAUGAAGGUUCUUAAAUGUACAGUUUUUUUGAAAUUCCUUUCCUAUUAUUUUAAUGAUCUCAAAAACUUUUAUCAAUUUUAUAAACAUUUGAUUGUUGAUUAUAAAGACACAUAAUGAUUUGUCAAAUAAUAAUUAUAAAUAAUAUUUGUCAAUCAAACUUUAAAGUGUGUUUUUUAAGAAUAGAAUUUUUCUUUUAUUUUUUACUUUGUUAUAGUUGUUAAACGUUAAUAGUUAUAUGUUAAUAAAAUUAGUCUCAACUGAUUAAGCAUGUCUCAAAAAUCAAAAUAUAUAUUAGUUAUUUUGUUCAUUCGAAUUAAUGUUAUUACAAUUAUCCAGACAAAGUCAUAAUUUUUAUUGAAACAAAUGUUCCAAUUUUUAAUUCUCACAACAAGUUUAGUUAAUAUUGUUUUAAUACAAUAUAUCAUCUUUGCAGAAGAUGAUCUCUACACAAAAAUUAAAAACAGGAAUUGUAAAUAAAAAGAAAUAUAAUAUGGCUUUGAGCAAAUGUUGAUUAAUAUUGACUGAAGUAUACAUAUAUAUAUAUAUACACACACACACAUAUAUAUAUAUACUUGUAUGAAAAAUAUAAACAAACAUAUAUAUGUUGUAACAAUUAAUCAAUAUUAAUCACUACAAUAUAUAAAUACUAUUAAUGUUAUAGAAGUAUAAGCUCAUAUGUUGAUAUAUCUAUAAAGAGACAUUUGCAAAUAGAAACAGUAAUUUUUGUAUCCUUGAAACUUAAAGAUAAUAAUACUGAUACAAAAUUAUGCACUUGCAUUUAUAACCAUUUAUGAUACUACCUUAUUUUUCUUUUUAUUUUUUUAUUAAAAGUAAAGCUGUGAGAGUUUUGUACUUAGUAUUAAAAAGUGAUGCUUGAGGCUAUAUAGAAUAUACAUUGUGUGUAUGAAACAUUAAUUUAAAAUGCAAAGUUCCAUAUUAACAA